GAACGUGCAGAAGGGGAAGACCUUCUAUGACUUCUUCUUCAAUACCAGGCUCGUCAAAUCCACAAUUGUGCAUUUUCAGGGUAUUUAAUUUGUAUUGUUCUUCUACACACGGACUGAAUUAAAGGCGACUUCCCUCUAUUAAGGAUUUAGAUAGGAUCUCUUUUGUAUUUUACGUGUAUAAUUUCUCAUCCAAAUUUAACCUUUGUAUAUUUUUAAGGUUAUCAUAUGGAAACCUUUUUUCUCUUGAACAUAAUAUAUUAUAUCAUUAAUUGAUCUGUCCGGGAAAAUUUUAUGCUGUGCCCGGAUUUCUUUAGAAAAGGAAUUGAAUCUUCUUUUAGAGGAUUUUUCUGAUAAAGAUGUUUCAGCAGUUUUCUUAUCAUUUGCCUUUAAGGCUUUUUACCCAGAAUUUUUUUCACGGAUCCUCUUUCUUUUCUCCCCUUCCGUUUACAGUCUGUUUGUUUAUUAAACUUUCUUUAAUAUAAUCAAAGGAGUCGAUUUUCAAGAGAAUAUCUUCGAUAGAUGCCAGAAAUUCUUUUCUCCAGACAAGACUGUUUCACUAUAAUUUAUGGGUAUGGAUGCAUAAGGCCAUGCUAUGACUUGACAUGCUUAAAAGUUUGGUGAUUUCCUAUAAACAGAUUUUGUUCCAUGAAUAUGCUUAUAAACAGAUUCUGUUCCAUGUGUAAUAUGCGUACUUGCAAUAUAGUGAUGGACACAAACAGCACCUACCCACAUCUACAUGCGACACUUUGGAUUAGACUAGCAGAGGUUUAUCGACUUCUUCCAUUUUUUUUCCAACACUACCAUAAUGAUUUUGUGUUGUAUUACACCAAUAUUGUUUCUUAGUGGAACUAGCAGAGUCUUCCACUAUUAAAGUUAGCCUACCUUACCUUUAUUUAUUUUUCGUCGAGCCAAAUAUGUUAUUGGUUGAUGUGCUUUCUUGUUGGGUUGCCGGAUGAGACAGCUUACAUGGUUGACAGAUUGUCUUGUAUAUACUCUUUUUACUUUUAAGAGUGAAUUUAGCUUUCUUAUCUACUACUAGAGUGACUUAAGACUAUAACAGUAGUUAGUAAGUUUUGUACCUUAUACGGUUGAAAAAUAAGCUAUACUGAAUUCUGCAGCUUGAAUAGUCUUGAAUAAUUCAAUGUUUGUUUGUUUGCUAAUUUUUAUGUAUGAUCAAUCCCUUACACUUAUGCUAAUUCUUCUCUAUAAUUGAUAUCUAUUUGUGAAAUUAGUAGCUGUAGCCCUGUUUUUUUUUCCUGCAAUUUAAUUUAUUACUUAACCUGUUUUUGCAUUUCGGCCCUCUAUUUAUCUCUUUAUGUCAGCUUUUAAAGCAGGUGGAAAGUGAGCAGCGUGGCAGGACAUUAUAAUAUGGUAUGAUAGGAAAAUAUCUGACCAGAUCUGAGAGGGCUCUAACAAUAUCUAUUAUUAGUUAGUGUUGAUUUUUUCCUUGUCGAAGAGAGGGUUUUACCUCUUGAUCCUUCAUUCUUAGUUGUGUAUUUCUACAUAUGCUUAGUUGUGUUCUACAUUCUUAUUGUCUAUAGAAUAGUAAUAAUUUAAUUACUGUUUAUUGUACAUUUAGUCCUUUUCAUACCUAGAUAGUUUGUAACCUUACUAGUGAUGUAAAUGUUAGCAUUAACAUGGAGAUAAUUCAUACUGUAUAGAACUGUGCUAGUUUGAUAAAUUCUGUUGUAUUUUAGAAAAAUUAUUAUUCCGCAUCAUUAUCAUGUAGCAUUUUAUUAUUUGUUUAAAACACGCAUAAUCAAGUUUUCUUCGGAACUUUUGUAUUCUUACCCGCUUUCCUAUUGGAGAUCAUGAUGUGUCAGUGAUUGUUGAUUUAUAUGAAAUUACACAAUCACUAGGUGUUCACACAUGAUUAGAACGAUAACCUUUUUUUGUUCUCUGCCUGUCUUGUUCUCCCUCCAGGAACCAGAGUCAUCCAUUUUAGUUUGGCCACUGGCAUGCAUCAUGUCCAUAUUUAAUACCAAUCACUUGACUUCUGCCUCUUUUGUAAUAACGGAAAUGACAAAGAUGUACAGCUUUUUCUACUUUCUACAAUUCUGAGCUUAAGUCCAAUGUCACCUGACACAUACACAGACUCUGAAUCAGUUAGGAGCCACAGUAUACUAAAACAACAGCUUAAUUCUACAACACUUCGAUAUCGUAUACCCUACUACUCUGUGUUCUAAUAAUUAGAUUAAUUGUUAUUUGAUAGAAAUAUUUAUAAUCAAUGACCAUGUUCUAUUCUAGACCUUGGUGCUUUGAGGGAUAUUGGUGGCUUGUCUAGCAUACUAUAUUUUCUCUUGCUUUUUCCCUGUUGGGUAUGGAUAUUAAUGUCAUCAAUAUAUUUGUUGUCUGUGCAGCUGAGGAACUUGUUGUGGGCGACUUCGAAGCAUGAUGUCUAUCUUAUGCAAAACUACUCUGUGAUGCACUGGUCCGCAGUAUUACGAAGGGCUAAAGAAGUGCUUAACGUAGCCAAACCAAUUGUUCCAAGUCUUAAGCGUACUGGAUUUUUGGCGCAGCCACUCUCUAGAGUGCAAAUAAGCACCAUGACUGUUAAGGAAAAUCUGAUGGUGGCAGGUGGUUUCCAUGGUGAGCUUAUAUGCAAGAAUUUGAAGAAGCCUGGAGUUCUAUUUUGUGGUAAAAUAACUACAGAUGAUAAUGCCAUAACCAAUGCUGUGGACGUUUACCGCAAUCCAGCUGGGUCGUUGAGGGUCAUCACAGCAAAUAAUGAUUCCCAAGUUCGGGUUUUUGAAGCAGAGAAUUUUGCUUCUCUUGGUUGUUUCAACUAUGAUUGGUCUGUUAAUAAUAUUUCGGUUAGUCCGGAUGGGAAGUCGUUAGCUGUACUUGGGGACAGUACAGAGUGCUUGAUAGCUGAUGCUAACACUGGAAAGAUUACUGGAAGCUUGAAAGGUCACUUGGACUACUCUUUUGCAUCGGCGUGGCACCCAGAUGGACGGAUAUUAGCUACUGGGAAUCAGGACACAACUUGCAGGUUGUGGGACAUAAGAAAUCUUUCACAGUCUAUGGCUGUGUUAAAGGGAAGAAUGGGUGCAAUAAGAGCCUUAAGAUUCACAUCUGAUGGACGGUUUCUGGCCAUGGCUGAGCCUGCAGACUUUGUCCAUGUUUAUGACUCUCAUUCUGGUUAUGUAGAAGGUCAAGAGAUAGAUCUAUUUGGUGAGAUUGCCGGUAUAUCCUUUAGCCCAGACACAGAGGCUCUAUUUGUGGGCAUUGCUGACAGAACCUAUGGUAGCUUGUUAGAGUUCGUCAGAAAGCGUUACAAUUAUUACCUAGACUCCAUUUUUUAAUGGAGUGCUGUGCCUCAACGCAUGUACAGCGAUCUACUCCGUCUGCAUAUACACCACAGAAUUUCUAAAAUAGGUUUUCUUUUUCUUUUGAAGUGGAGAGCCAAGAUGUAAAUUUUGGCUCCAGGAAACUAUUUUUGUGAUUUUUUUUUUUUUUACUGUUUAAGCAGCUCAUUAUAUUUGCCUCAGAGAAUGUCCUUGCUUGCUAUUGUAUAUUGAAAACAAUAAGCAACAUACUUAUUUUUCCCAACUCUAACCUCAACUUUUACAUUAAAUUUUAAAUGAGUAUAAUGCCGAACACGUUUAUUAUCA